ACACUAGCACACACACACACAGAUCUCAGCACAAGCAUCUCACCUCUAUUACACACUCAUUGAACCAGCAGUCCUCGUGUCCAUUUUGGGUCAACUCCUCGACUCAAGAUGCAUACCUUGCUCCUCAUGGUCCUCUGCGCGGCACUACACUGUGCCAGCUCUGACAGCCACCAAGACGCAGACAUAGAGACUCUAAUGGAUAACGUUCUGGUCCUGAGGGUGCCCCACAGCCCAGGUACCAGGUUCCAUGUUCCUCUGAUCUGUGGAGAAGCCCAUCAAAACCAGCCUGUGUUUUGGAAGAAAAAUGGUAAGAUACCCAGGCCACCUCUGGAGGGGAACCAGGUCAGUGUUCUGGUGGAGGAGAUGGACGCAGGGAACUACAGCUGCCACCUCAGCCCAGAUGGACAGUACCUCAACCACACUCUGGUCCUGGUCCGGCUGAACCCGGAUAACAUGUCUGUCAUACUGGAGGAAUCAGAUUCUGGGGAAGGACACAUCCAGUGUUCAGGACACAACUACAACGGCUCCUUCCACUGCGGGUGGACCAGACAGCCCUCUCGAUCACGUGCCGCUGUGCUGCUAGUGAGGGCAGAACGUAAUUCUGUGGAGAUUCCCUGUGAGCUGGAUGCUGACGGCUCAGGAGUGUCCUGCCAGGAUGCCAAGUGCAUCUUUGAAGAGGAGCGGCACCGCAUCUCCGUCACCGUUUACAUACACAGUGUCUCUCGACUGGAAGGGUACACAACCGCUUUCUACCUGAGAGACAUAGUGCGGCCUGAGCACCUCCCUAACCUGAGCUACAGUGAGGGCGGGCUGUUCACAUGGGACAACCCAGACUCCUGGCAGAAGCCCUGCUCCUUCUUCAGCCUGGAGUUCGAGGUCUUGGUGGUCUAUCAUGAGGAGACCUGUGACGCUGCAGGCAAACAGCACUUUACACAGGAGAUUGAGGUAAACAACUACACGGUCUCUGUCAAAAACAAGAAGUAUGUUUUCUGUGUGCGGGCGAGGGAUAAGCACACUCAGGGGCCAUGGGGUGACUGGAGCCACUAUGUGGUGAAGAAACACAAGACGAACCACUAAAGAGGGAAGAAAGAACAUGAAUGCAGAAGGGCUAUCGCAGUUUUAAUGAAAUAAUCAGUCUCUUAAAUCAGUUUACAGUAAAAUGUGCUAUGAAAAUGUACAGUAUUUAUU